AUGAAGCAACAGUUCAGAGAGCAUCAAUGUACAGCAACAGUUCAGAGAGCAUCAAUGUGCAGCAACAGUUCAGGGAGCAUCAAUGUGCAGCAACAGUUCAGGGAGCAUCAAUGUGCAGCAACAGUUCAGGGAGCAUCAAUGUGCAGCAACAGUUCAGAGAGCAUCAAUGUACAGGAACAGUUCAGAGAGCAUCAAUGUGCAGCAACAGUUCAGAGAGCAUCAAUGUGCAGCAACAGUUCAGGGAGCAUCAAUGUGCAGCAACAGUUCAGGGAGCAUCAAUGUGCAGCAACAGUUCAGAGAGCAUCAAUGUGCAGCAACAGUUCAGAGAGCAUCAAUGUGCAGCAACAGUUCAGAGAGCAUCAAUGUGCAGCAACAGUUCAGAGAGCAUCAAUGUACAGCAACAGUUCAGAGAGCAUCAAUGUGCAGCAACAGUUCAGAGAGCAUCAAUGUACAGCAACAGUUCAGAGAGCAUCAAUGUGCAGCAACAGUUCAGAGAGCAUCAAUGUGCAGCAACAGUUCAGAGAGCAUCAAUGUGCAGCAACAGUUCAGAGAGCAUCAAUGUGCAGCAACAGUUCAGAGAGCAUCAAUGUGCAGCAACAGUUCAGAGAGCAUCAAUGUGCAGCAACAGUUCAGAGAGCAUCAAUGUGCAGCAACAGUUCAGAGAGCAUCAAUGUGCAGCAACAGUUCAGGGAGCAUCAAUGUGCAGCAACAGUUCAGAGAGCAUCACUGUACAACAUACGCCCCCUGGAGCGUUUUCUACAAAAUACCGACAUAUACACAAUACACACACCACACAAGUAUGCUCAUGAAUGA